AUGGCGGCUCUGCGGCUCGGGCGACUCGGGUGGCUUGGCGGCAGGGCGGCUCGGCAGCAACUGCAGCUCGGCAGCUCGGCGACCCGGCGGCGCGGCUGUAGGGCGGCUCGGCUGCUGGGAGGCUCGGGUGUAGAGCGGCUCGGCUGCAGGGCGGCUCGGCUGCUGGGAGGCUCGGGUGUCGCCUCGACGUGCGACGGGAAAAGGGGGGGGGGGGGGGGGGAGGGGGGGGGGAGCGGCUCGGGCGGUUCGGGCGGCUCAGGCGGCUCGGGCAGCUCGGGCAGUCAGCGGCACAGGCGGCUCGGGCGGCUCGGCUCCUCAGCUGCGCAGACGGCUCGGGCGGCUCAGGCUGCACGGCGGCUAACGGGCGACGUGGGGGGCCAGGACGGCGGCGUGCAGCAGGGACGGGCGGCGCACGGGCGGUGUGAGGCUGGGACGGGCGCGCGCGGGCGGCUAGGGGCCGAGAUGGGCACGCGCGGGUGGCUAGGGGCCGGGACGGGCGGUGCGCGGGCGGCUAGGGGCCUGAACGGGCGGCGCGCGAGCGGCUAG